ACUCUCGCAAUCUGUGAUAAAAGGUAUUCUAUUCCGAUAGAUACUUCUUUUUCUUCUUUCUUCGUCUUCUAGAGCCUCUUUUUUUCCUUUUCUUCAUCUUCAUCCGCUUUCGUAUCAAUCCCCUCCGCACUUUUCUAUAUGAUUAUACUCUAACCUAUCACUAGAGAAAUCAGAAUCACAGGCGUCCUAAUGCCCUUCAAAGUAGAAUAACCGUAUGGCCACUCUAAUUCGUCACACAUCAGACCCAUCGUAUCUCAUAUCUUCGCUCAGAAGAGGACCAUUACAUCUGAGUCAUAUUUACCACCAUAAGCUUUCUAUCACUCGCCUGGACCGAGCCUCGCGGCACUCAUCGACCAUGGCUCGCACCUACGAGUCCGCGCUCUCGCAUCUCGCGGCGCUGCAAUCCAAUCGCGCCGUCACAUCUCUCUUCAGUCCUCCCGCAGACGCAUCUGUGCCGAAGCGAGAUCUCAACGCCCUCGCUAUCCCAGAGAUGCUAGCCUGGCUGCGGCGCGCGGGUCUAUCGCAGGACGAGCUCGCCGCCAACCUCCGCUGCAUUCACGUCGCCGGCACCAAGGGCAAAGGGUCCGUCUGCGCAUAUCUCACUGCUCUGUUAACGCGAGGUGACGAGGGAACACGCCGCGUCGCGGGAAAGGUGGGCACGUACACAUCGCCACACCUCGUAUCGGUGCGCGAGCGCAUAGCCAUCGACGGGGCCCCGAUAUCGCGGGCCCUGUUCGCGCGAUACUUCUACGAAGUCUGGGAUGCAUGUACGGAAGCAGCGCGGGCCGAACUCGCCUCCCGGCCCACGGGAGAAGGCGCGGAGAUAUCAGAAGAGAUCCAGGGCCCGUCCACGAAGCCUUUCUACUUCCGCUUCCUGACGAUCGUGGCGCUGCGGGCGUUCCUGGGGGAGGGCGUGCGCAGCGCCGUCAUCGAAUGCGGGAUCGGCGGCGAGUACGAUUCCACGAACGUGCUGCCUGCCACGUGUGUAACGGCGUCCGUCGUCACGCAGCUGGGGAUCGAUCACGUGGGUAUGCUGGGCAGGACGCUGCCCGAGAUAGCGUGGCAUAAGGCGGGCGUGUGUAAACCCGGGCGGAAAUGCUUCACCAGAAGGCUUGAGGGAACCGGAACUGCGGAAAAGACUGCGCAAGUACUCCGACAGCGAGCCCAAGAGAAGGGCGCCACGCUUGUCGAGGUUGCAGACAAAGAUGUCGAGAAAUGGGGCGGUGUCAAGGCUAGUGAAAAGGGGGCCGCGGGAAGUCUCGAGGGCGAGUUUCAGAAGUACAAUCAAGCGCUCGCCGUAGGUGCUGCGCGGGAGCAUUUGCAUGUCCUUGCGAGCGAAUAUCCCAGCGAGAGAAUGCUAGGAGCGGACGUCACUGCGCCCGAGAAGUUAGAAUAUGUCCCAUCGUCAUUUACAUCAGCGCUCCAGUACGCACGGCUACGGGGUCGCUGCGAGACGCGCGAGGACGAGCACGCGCCCAUUACAUGGCUCAUAGACGGCGCGCACACGGCCGAGAGUCUAACGGAGGUUGCGCGGUGGUUUUGCAACAAGACAUCCCAGGCCGCGCACAAAGGAAAUCCAAUCCUCCUAUUCAACCAGCAAGACCGGGAUGCCGCAGAACUCGUCAGCGGGCUCCUAGAGGACCUCAAGGCGAACGCACCUGGCCCAACAGGAGCACCAUCGUUCGCGCACGCGAUUUUCUCGCGGAAUGAUCUGAGACCCCGCGAAAGCGGCGAGCCCGAGCGCGACCUAUCUGUGCAAAACGCCGCGGCCGAAGCCCUGCGCGCCAAUAACGGUAUCACAUCGACGAGUAUCCGGGAUAACGUCGCCGAUGCCGUAGCGGAGGCCCGAACGCUAGCGACUCGCGAUAGCGACGGGGACCGAACGACGGUGCUCGUCACGGGCUCGCUGCAUCUCGUGGGGGCUGUAUUGCGUACUCUGGAGCCGGAUGCCGAGGAUUGAACGAACUACAUGCGAUGGACCGACCGGAAGAAGCCCAGGGCUAGGAUUCACGGGGUAUCUGGGAUAGGAGUGGCGUCGUGGAAUGAUGAAUGCAUCAACUUCCGAGUGCGAUAGAAUAUUCAACAUAAUUGAUAUCAUAGAGAAGUUCUCGUGACCGACCGAACACGCCUUAUUUAUGUAUGCAGAGU